AUGACCUCGUUCCCUCCUCUAGAGCCCCCAGUCCCUCUUCCCAGAGUCCCUGCUCCCCAGCCCCCCAUCAUUCCACAGCCCCUGCCUCCACAUCCCCCCGACCCACCCCCCCCACUGCCGCCUCCACCCCCGGCUUCCGGGCCUGCUCCCCCUCACGUCUUCGGAAUGGAAAAGAGCCAGCUGUUGAAGGAGGCCUUGGAGAAGGCUGGUCCGGUCCCCACGGGCAGAGAGGACGUGAAGAGGCUUCUGAAGCUGCGCAAGGACCGUUUCAGAAGUGACUUGCAGUGGAUCCUCUUCUGUGCCGACCUGCCGUCCCUCAUCCAGGAAGGCCCUCAGUGUGGAUUGGUGGCCUUGUGGAUGGCAGGCACUCUCCUAGCACCUCCCAACGGUGUCCCCCUGGAGAAACUCCUGCAGGUGGCAGUGGAGAGAGGCUAUACCGCGCAAGGGGAGAUGUUCUCUGUGGCUGACAUGGGCAGGCUGGCCCAGGAGGCCCUGGGCUGCCAAGCCGAGCUACUCUGUGGUGGCCUGGGUGGUCCCAACAGAGACCGCGUCCUGCAGCAUCUCAUCGCUGGAUACCCUCUGCUCAUCCCCUACGAUGAAGACUUCAAUCAUGAGCCGUGUCAGAGGAAGGGCUACAAGGCCCACUGGGCAGUGAGCGCAGGCGUCCUCCUGGGUGUGCCAGACGUGCCCAGGCUUGGCUAUGCAGAAGACCCUGAACUAGCGGGCCUGUUCCACCCAGUGCCCAGCGCACCUUGCCAGCCGCCACCCCUGCCCAAGGAAGGCUCCCUGGGGACCGUCUACCUGCUCUCCAAGCAGGGCAAGAGUUGGCACUACCAGCUGUGGGACUACGACCAGGUCCAGGAGAGCAACCUGCAGCUGACGGACUUCUCGCCAUCACGGGCUGCCGAUGGCCGGUCGUAUGUGGUGCCCACUGGCGGGGUGCGGUCUGGCCUGUGUGGCCAGGCCCUGCUCCUCAGACCGCACGGCGCUAGCCACUAG